AUGACCUCUCGCAGCCAGUCGGUCGGUAGAGGCGGAAAGGACGACGAGGAGACGCCGCGCAGAAACGGCAAGGCCAAGAAGGAGAAGGAGAUCUUCGCACCGCCGCUCAUUGCGGACCUGCCUAGCGCAUGGGAUGAGGCGCACGAGAGCUUUGCGGUGCUGGAGAAGUGUGUGUACGAGUCAAAGAGGAUGGGAGCGAGCAAGGAGCAGGAUGAGAUGAUGGUUUGCGAUUGUGUAUAUGACCGGAGAAAUCCGGACAGUGAGCAGUGCGGAUCUCACUCGGACUGUGUCAAUCGGGCUAUCUUCAUCGAAUGCAUCGCAGACCAGUGCAGGGCGAAGGGGCAAUGUAGGAAUCAACGCUUUAACAAGCGGGAGUUUGCCGACCUCGAGAUCGUCAAGACGGAGUUGAAGGGAUUUGGCUUACGAGCUGGUUCGGACAUCCCAGCUGGUGACCUCAUCUACGAGUAUAUAGGAGAAGUCGUCGGCGAGACUACCUUUCGAAAGCGGAUGGCGAGCUAUGGGGAGGAAGGGAUUAAGCACUUCUACUUUAUGAUGCUGCAGAAGGAGGAGUACAUCGAUGCCACGAAGAAGGGUGGGAUCGGCCGAUUUGCAAAUCACUCGUGUAACCCCAACUGUGAAGUCCAGAAAUGGGUUGUAGGGCGGCGGCUGCGGAUGGGUAUCUUCGCCAAGAGGGAUAUACAUCACAAUGAGGAGAUCACCUUUAACUACAACGUGGAUCGAUAUGGCCACGAAGCACAGAUAUGCUACUGUGGCGAGCCAGGCUGCGUUGGCUAUAUCGGCGGCAAGACUCAGACGGACAUUGGUGGUAUCAAUGAUCUUUUCCUGGAUGCUCUGGGUAUCACGGAUCAGGUCGAGGCGGAGGGGAUGAAAGGGUCCAAGAAGAAGAAGGCUAGACAUCUGGAUGAGGACUUUACCCCUGUGCUGAAUCCGAUCAUCGAGCCCGAGGUGCAGAAGGUCGCCGCGGCAAUACGGCAGAGUAUGGAAAAUCAGCGGAUGAUGCGGAUGCUGCUCGAGCGGGUUGCGAUGACAGAGGAUUACGCCAUACAUCGACAACUCGUUCGGAUGCACGGUCUCAGUUUGAUGUUCAUGAUCCUGACGGAGCUAGGGGAAAAUCGAGAGCUGGUCCUAUUGGCACUGCAAAGUAUGACGAGGUGGAAGCUACAAUUGCGGAACAAGAUCGAGGACUCGAACAUUGAGGAGCCGGUCAAGCGCUUGCAGGGGGGAAAUGACGCGGAGCUGAGCACUCUGGCGCAAUUUCUCCUGGAUCAGUGGGCCACUCUUGAGCUUUCCUACAAGAUCGCUCGGGUGUCCAAGAUCGCCUCUCUGGACGCCGAGGACGAUGCCAAUACCCAGACGUUGGCCGAGGCUCAGCCCUUCACCUACAGUACCGAGCAUCGCAAACCACACGCGUGGGAGAACACGAACACCGUCGAGUUCACCGUCGCGCCUAUCAAGUAUCGCCCACCUCCACCAUCCUUCGCUCGUCCACCCCUUCCCCCUAGCACGCCGUCAAACACAAAGCCCAAUCCAACCGUCGCCCGAGACCGCUCAAAGCUUGACGCCAUCAUCGCGCUGGCACAGCAGCAAGCGGCUGCAGCUGCCGCGGCUACUCCAGCCCCUCAAUCCGCUGGCGUCGACAGCCCAGCGGAGAGCUCGCGCUCCUCUGCUCGUCGCGAUGAGGAUACGCCGGAUCGAGCCAAGCGGGCCAAGAUCAGUCAUGCGGAUGAUGAUCUUGGCUCGUACGGCGGCGAGGCCGACAUCAAGCAGAAGGCGGAGGAGCGCAAGGAGAAGCGAAUGGCCAAGCUCAUUGGCGAGGUGGUGGUGAGUAGCAUGAGCAAGUAUAGGGAUGUCUUUGAGAAGGAAACGUUCAAGAAGUACGCCCGUGAUUGCGCAAACGUCCUCCUCGAAAAGGAGAAGCGGCAUACCAGCUAUAUCAACCACCGCAAACCUACCCUUUCAGAUGACAAGAAGGCCAAGAUCAAAGCCUUUACCAAAGAGUUCACCCAUAAACUCAUGAAGCGCUUGAAGGAGAAGGGCAAAUUGAAGCCCGUCCCAUCUGCUUCGGAAUCGCGGCACCGCUCGAAACACGCCUCAUCCUCUGUCGCUUCAACUCCUUCCGCUAUGGCAGCCACACCGUCCACCUCGGCGGGUACGGUGCUGGAGACGCCACGGACGAGUGCCGAGGCGGAUGAGCUGGACGACAUCUUCGGCGUGGACGAUCCAGAGGAGGCUGGCGAUGAUGCGGAGGAGAGCAUGAUGGAUGAGGAUCAACCUGUCAAGGCGGUCCGGCCCAUAACACCACCCUUACCCCCGUCCAUCUCGAUGACCAAGGUGGAUACGUGGACGGUGGGCGCGGCGAAGAAGCAGAACGGAGCGAGCAAGGUAUAUGUCCCACCCAAGCAGGAUGAGGGGAAGGACACUCCGAUCAGAACGCCAAAUAGCACAUGA